AUGCACGCGGCACUUUGGGACGAAGUCCAGAGCGCCUGUGACCCCGUCAGACUCGGGACUGCGCUGGCCGAUGGCAGAGUCGACCCUUCGGCCGUCAUGGACGGAUGGACACCGCUUCAUUUCCUCUGCGACAACUGCGUCGUGGAGUCGAAAGCGCGUGCUGAAGGUAUCCGACUGUUGGGCCAAGCGGGCUUUCGAUCGAAUGCAGUGGACGAGAAUGGCUGGACUGCUAUCCAUCUGUUGUGCAAGAACAAGAGCGGAGAUCUGGUCCCGAGCAUUCAGCAGCUUUUGACGGCCAAAGCAAACGUGGAUCUACAAACGACAGACAAUCGAAAGUCGGCGCUGCAUUUGCUUUGCGAAAACGAAACUGUGUCAGAGGAGGCGCUCAAGACGCUACUUCAAUCGAAGCCAGAAGUAAACUCUGUGGACGAGGACGGCAAUGCACCGCUACAUUACCUAGCGGAGAACCGCUGUGUUUCGGAUCGCAUGUUGAGUCUCAUGCUGGCGGCAAAGAUCGACCUCAAUAUCCAGAACAAGUUUCACUCGACACCAGCUCAUUAUAUUUGCCAAAACAGUCGCAUUACCCGGCUCAUGAUCGGCGAGCUGUUGAAGCACAAGGCUAAUUUCAACCUCAAGAACAACAUCGGAAAUACCCCUGUUCAUUAUUUGUGUGAAAACGACGCAGUGACGGUAGAUGUGCUCAGGGAGCUAAUGAACGACAAGCACGUGAACAUCACGAUCCCGAACUCGCUCGGAAGACUUGCCAGUGACUACAUUGCAUCCCAAAAGAAAGACUGCCUAGCAUUUCUGCAGAAGUUUACGGCGCCAAACCUGGCUCAGGCAGGAGGCAGCUCCAGCACAUCUGCAGAAAUUGGCGGCGAAGACCCGAGUGAAUUGCCAAACCGUUUGAAGCGAGCACUGAUAGCUUGGAACGCGUCACUCCCGCCAUUUGACGCCGCCUUCUACAGUGCUGUUUCAUGCGAAGCGGCAUUUGAACGCACCUACGAUGAAGUCCAAGAGGUUUCGGGGCAAGCGUGCGAAGCGCCCGACGACUCGGCGACCUUUGCUGCUUGGGAGAAGAGUCUGUCCAAGUGGCGAUCAUGUAUUCUGUUAGCGUAUGCGGCUCUUGUGCCACCAAACGUUUGGCAUCAAUACGCUGAGCAAUACCAGCGUCCUGUGCCACCUGACCUCUCGCGCGUGCUGGGCAAAGUGGAAGCCGCGUGGAAGCAAUUCCCAGAACCGACCCAGCGUCGCGGCCGUUUCCAAGCUCUGGCCAGUGUGUUUACGCCCUAG